AUGGAGUCCAGCGCAGAGCGCGUGCAGCUCCCUCAGUCGCCUUCUUUUCCUAGAGUUUCCCGUGCCUGCGAACGGUGCCGGCGGCAGAAAUUAAAGUGCGAUGAAGCUCGCCCAUGCACCAUGUGCGUGCGAGCCGGGGUGUCCUGUCAAGCAAGAGAUGUCGUGAACGCUCCCCGUCGGAAAAAGCGAGCUGCAGCACGGCGUCAGACGGGUGUAUCAUCGUCAAACCAACAAGCUGUUGCAGUGGCUGAUCGCCCCUAUGAAAGCCAUGGCGCUAGCAGUUCUGCAGUCGGCUUUGCGGUGAACAUCUUUGGACAGCGCGCUACCCUGUACUCCAAUGACCGUACGGGCAUUCCUGGCCGCGCCAGUCCCCAGCCCAACGCUCGAGUCGAGUGGACCCUGGAGAAGAUGUCAAUGCCUCCGCCGGCGGUGACGGAGGUUGCCCUUCAGGCUUAUUUUGACCACAUGCACUGGUUCAUCUGUAUCUUUCAUGAACCCGAGUUUAUGCAAUGUGUGACUCCCCUGCUUCGUCAGUCGACGUGGAACGAGAGAUCUCGGGGCCGAGUGAUAGCGGCUCUGACUGUCGCAGCAGUGGGACUCCAAUGUGUGGCACAGAACUCCAGAUGGCCAGGGCAUUCGUUACUAGCUUCCUUCUCUCUACAGGCAGCUAGCUUGCGAGAUGACCUUAUAGCUGAGGUCCAGCUGCAUGUGCUGAAAUUAAUGGAUGAAUACUGCCUGGAGUCGGUUCAAGUUUCUCUUCUCCUGGGAACAUACUUUAUUUAUCACGGCUCCCCAGGACUCGCGUGGAACGUGCUCGGUCUCUCGGUCCGCUCUGCAUAUGCUCUCUCAAUGCACUGUUCCAGCGCCGUGACCCUUCCUGACCCGAUUCUAUCUCAAGUCUAUCGCCGGACCUGGAAUCACAUUACCGUAGCAGAUACAUAUAGUGCUAUGAUAUACGGCCGACCGGCUUCACUUGACGCUGCAUUCUGCCAUUUGCACGAAAUGACCGAACUGGAAGAUACGUGCCUACCACCCACUGUGUCGCGUCUUCUUGAGGACCCAAAUGCGAAUCACCUGCUGUACCAUGCCCAGAAGUAUCGGCUGUAUGAACUGAUCCGAACCGCCCUCAACAACUGGAAGACCCAAGUACCCCCCAUAUUGAGAGGUCAAUAUUGGAAAGAACAUCCUAAGUUCAUACCAACAGCCAACGAGGCCAGCCCAUUAUCACCAGAAGCACGCGCAAUCAGACACCUAUUCCUGCAGUCCCAGAUUCUGCAAAUGACGUACGAUAGUGCCGUACUCUUCAUAAACAGGCCUCUUCUAGAAUACCAAGCAAGGCCGGAAUUCCAAACUGUUGUCGCUGAGCAUCUACCAGCCAUUCGCCUAUCCAUGGAUCUCUCUCUAAAAGCCGCGCUUCGCGUCUCCCGCGUAUCACCAGUGCAUCAUGAGAACGAGCUCAGCCUGGCUUUCGUCCUGAUGAACUUUUUCACUGCCGGUGUAAUACUAUGCCUUACUCCCACCUCACGGCCCUUCAGUAGAGCCGCAAAUGAAGCUAAAGACGGAAUAUUACGCAUAGUCCGUGCAAGCCGGAAGCUUCAGUCCAAGAAUAAGAUUGCAAAGCAUACUGAACAGCUAUUAACGCGGCUUCUGAAGUUGAGCCUGCGGCAGGAACUAGAAAACGCUCUAAAUAAUAAUAAUCACGAAUCAGCUAGCGACACAAACCCGAGAGAGCAGGAACAAUUACCGUCGCAGCACGCCUCGCCUUUGAAAUCACCGCGACUAGCACCGACAGAAUUGUGCAGUUCGUCAACUUUGAAGGACCACCCCGUCCCAUCAUCAGCCGAUCCCCCUCAGACCCAACUCAGCGGUAGUGAUGGUGCGUUUCCCAUGACGGGAAUGCGAGCGGGGAACCUUGUUAUGGAGCCCAUGGGCGAAGCAGACAGCCUUAAUUCCGAUCUAGAAGUGUCUGAAAGUGGUUGCUAUCAUCAGAUCGACUCUCAUAUAGAUGAAACAAUGGGUGCUUUUGGAGAAAUGCUCUUCAAUCUCGUACCAAAUGACCCCUACAGCGCUUGGACCUGGGGUAGCAACUUCCGAUAG